CACAUCGUCUGUCCAAUAAUCGACUCGGUGGAAAUUUGCAUUCAGUUUCGGUUCGUCCGCCUUCCGACUUUGCAAUGAAAGCCCUGAAAUUUUUCAUAUGGGUGCUGGCUUUAGCGAGAGUUUUGCCCCGGAUCGAGGGCUGCAAUAGGGCUCCACUGGGAGCCACGGCAGCCAAGUCACCGGUGGAUGAUAACUAUGUGCUAUCCGUAAACGGAAAUACCCAGAGUUAUGUGCCCGGUCAAAGGUAUAAUGUAAGCCUCAGUGCAUAUUCGGGCUUAACUUUUAUAAGCUUUAUGCUUGCCCUGGACUCGGAGACGGGAGAUAGCGAUGCCGAUCCCAAUGCCUUGGGCACUUGGGAGAUUGCAGAUCUGGCCGAGACCCGUUUUAGUCCACGUUGCGCAAAUUUGGUGGAGAACACCAAUACAAAUGUAAAGAGCCGCGUUGAUGUGGUCUGGGUGGCUCCAUCCAGUCCAGGACAAGGAUGCAUCCUGCUGCGAGCUACAGUGAUGCAACAUCGCGAUGUUUGGUUCAUGGACGAUGGCUUCCUAACCAAACGGAUGUGCGAGGAGGAGGUGGAUGAUAUUGACACCCAGCCCAGCAUUGUGGAUCCGUGCUGUGCCUGUGACGAGGCCAAAUAUGAGCUUACCUUCGAGGGCAAGUGGUCACGUCAUACUCAUCCAAAGGAUUUCCCAGCAAAUAGCUGGCGCACCAGAUUCAGCGAUAUAAUUGGAGCAUCCCACACCUUAGACUAUAGAUUCUGGCAAUAUGGGGAGUUGGCCAGUGAGGGUCUGCGUGAGGUGGCGGAGCAUGGUUCCACACGAACCUUAGAGAGUGAGCUGAAGGAUCAGAGCGAGCACAUACGUACUAUCAUCAAGGCCAGAGGAAUCGCCUAUCCGAAUGUAACGGGCAAGACAUUCGCCGUCUUCCGUGUGGACUCCAAUCACCAUCUGAUCUCCUUGGUCUCAAUGGUGGAUCCCUCGCCAGAUUGGAUCGUUGGGGUUUCCGGUCUGGAGCUUUGCCUGCCCAACUGUUCUUGGGUGGAGAACAAGGUGCACAAUCUGUAUCCCUGGGAUGCAGGCACGGACAGUGGUCCAUCUUAUAUGUCUGCUGACCAGCCACAGGUGCCACCCGAUGUAGUGCGUCGCAUCAAGUCAAAUUUCCCCAACGAUCCACGUUCGCCCUUCUACGAUCCCACUGGCGCUCAGAUGAAACCUUUGGCCACCUUGCACAUCAAUCGACGACGUCUCUACGAGAAGAACUGCGAGUCCUCUGAUUCGGAACAGCUGCCAGCGGAAUGUGCCACACACUCUUGGUCCAGAUGGGAUGAGUGUACAACCAAGUGCGGACCCGGCAAACAGUACAGAAUCCGUGAGUUCAAGAAUCCAGCACUGGCUUCGCGUCAUCGUUGCAACAAUGCUCUGCGUGAGGAGAAGAACUGUGUGGGACACAAGUGCGCAGGAUUUAACGAGGAGACAGCCGAAGGUGUUGAGCCAGAAGCGGGACCCCCUCCUGGUAGCAGUGAUGAUCCGCAAUGUGGACUGUCUGACUGGUCCGAGUGGUCCUCCUGCACAGUGACCUGUGGCACCGGAGAGAUGACGCGUUCCCGUCACUAUCUAAACAAGAAAGCCAAGAAGAAGUGUCAGAAGGCAAGUAAGGCACGUUUACAUGAGACCAAGAUCUGCGAGGCAAUGGAAUGUGGUGGGGACAUCGAGAAUGGUGAUGGUGCUGGUGAGCCGGAGGAGGAGCAGGGUGGUGGCGGUGAGGGUGGAUCCGCCGAGAAACGUUCGAUUUUCCGGAACUUUGAAAGUUACAGUCAACAUCGGGAGGACUACAUACCACCGGUAUGUGGGGUUACACCAUGGUCGGAUUUCUCGCCCUGCAUGGGACCUUGCGGUGGUCAUGGCAAACGACAACGCAUCCGCAAGGUUUGGAAUAACAAUGAGGUGUAUGGAGUAACUGAUCCCAAUUAUGAUGGCCAGGAUCCCUGUCGGCACAUUAAGCUUCACGAGGAGGUGAACUGCACGAAUCCAAGUUGCGACACCAUUGUUCCAGGUUUCUGCUACGAUCAGCUGACCGAUAGUCCAUGUCGGGAUAGCGAUGUGGCCAACUUCUGGUACUACGACCAUGUGAGUGACCAGUGUGCCAUCUAUUGGUCUGAUCGCUGCGAUGAAAAUCGGAAUAAGUUCAAGUCAAAGGAGGAGUGCGAAGAGACUUGUCGCCUGCCGCGCCACAAACAAGAACUCCAGCACGAUGGCACUCCAGCUAUUGAUUGUAUGGUCUCCGACUGGGUAUCCCACAGUUGCAAUGCCUCCUGCGGCGAUGGCUUCCAAUUGCGUACACGUCGCGUGGUAAGAACUCCCAAAUAUGGAGGAAAACCAUGUCCCAAGCACUUGGUGCGUUUGGAUCGGUGCUACCAACGGUGUGAUGACAUGUACUCAAUCAGUAGUCGGGGAUUUGGAGAGCGUAGACAUGUGGUUAAGGCUCCACAACCGGAGCUCCGUGAUGAAUGCCGCUACUCAGAGUGGUCCGCCUGGACACCCUGUACGGCCAGCUGUGGCGAUAAUGCCGUUCGCCAACGAACACGAACUCUACUGAAUACCGAUCUGAGCUUCAAGUGCAAGGAUCGUGUCCGGAUGGAGAAGUGUGUGAUGAUGCCGUGCCUUCUGACUAGCAACGAUGAUCCAGAGCGGUGGUAGAUUAUCUUACCAGCUAAAAGAGUUAGUUGCAUUACUAAUUAUGUAAUCAUUAUUGAGGGUAUCAUUAAAUAUGUACGAAACAUUCCAGAUUA